GCAGGAGGUUGGUUGUUAUUAGAAUGGGUUCUGCUUGUACCUGGUAACGGGUAUCAACAAAUUUUAAACAUAAGUUCUAAGAUUUAAAAUUGUAUGGGCUUUCCUUCUUUUAAUUGUGGAAUAAUGAAUGUUCCAUUGUUAGUGGAAUGAGGACCUUUUAUGCCUUGUAUUUACUCCAACGUAAACCGAUCAAGAGAUGUGGUACAGAUGAGAUUAUUCAGUCACACAGAAGCCUAAUUUUUUGAAACUUAUCACCUUUACAAUGGCCUCCGGCACUGAUAUCGAAAGCUUCAUGGAAGGACCCCUCGUCACCUGGCUGAAAUCGUGUUUAGAAAGUCCCAAAUGUAUUAUGAACUAUGAAGAUUUAAUAGAUGGUAUGGUGAUCCACGAAGUAAUGCUCCAAAUAAACCCUGAGCCAGAGCAUGAUGGAGUAAUGCCCAGCAUGGGAAAUCCUGCUACUCGAAUUCGAAACUUAGAUAUUAUUUUAAAAAAUAUGAAAGCUGUGUAUGAGGAGGAGCUCUGUCAAACCCUGCUUAUGGUACCAGAUUGUGUUGAGAUAGGUCGACACCAUGAAUCUAAAGCUGGGCUUGAAAACAUGCAAUUGUUCUUGUUACUACUUUUGGGUUGUGCUGUGCAAUGUCCUAAUAAGGAGCGAUUUAUUUAUCAUAUAAAACAACUCAGCGAGGACACUCAACAUGACAUUGUUGAUUGUAUUAAGCAGGUCACAGACUCACAACGAGUUGUUCUUUCACCUGACACAAGCGAAGAAAAUUUCCCUGCGGAUUUGAUGAUGAAUCAUGUUCGCAGGCUUAUCAAGGAAAGAGAUGCAUAUCUUCAGCAAUGGCUGAAUGCAUCAGUCCAGGAGAGAGGGGACACUAGUGCCAGCUCAAACAACUCAACUGUUUUGCAAAAUGACUCACCUCGCAGACAAACUUCUCAGAUGAUCGGCAGUGAUUCCCAUCAUCUUGCAGUUGAGUUGGCUGACUGGAAGUCUCGAUUAAGAAAACAACGGCAAGAACUGGAAGAGAAGUCAGAAGCUUUAGCAGAGAGUAAAGAGGAAGCAGAACAUCAUAAAUUGGUUGUCGCCAAACUACGAAAUGAGAUUCAAGAUUUAAUGCAAGAAGCUCGGUCAGCAAAGCUUUACAGAGAUGAGUUGGAUGCAAUACGUGAGAGAGCAGAAAGAGUUGAUAAAUUAGAAUCAGAAGUACAACGUUACCGGGAGAAGCUGAGUGACAUUGAUUUUUACAAGUCUCGUGUGGAAGAGCUAAGAGAAGAUAACAGAGUGUUGAUGGAAACUCGAGAGAUGCUAGAGGAGCAGCUUCAAAGUUCCCGAAAACGUAGUGAGCAUGUCUUAGACUUGGAAAAUGAACUCAUCAAAUGCAAAAAGCAGAUAAAUGAAAUGGGAUUGGAUCAAGAAGCUAUUCAAGAAAGAUUGCAAGAAGCAUUUGAAGAAAACAAAAGAUUACAAAUUUUAGCUAAGAAUACAAUAGCAGAUAAUGCCCUUGACAACAACGUGCUGGAGGAGACAAUGCCUGAGGGUUCGAAUGACAACAGUUUGUCGGAACAGUUGAGUAGCAACGCUCAAGCACGUGCACUGCGUUUGGAAUUAGAAAAUCGAAGGUUACAAUCCGCAAUGGAUAAUCUUAAAGAGUCAUCAUUCCUUGAAAACAGCAAUAAAAUAUUGGACCUGGAAAAAGAAAAGAAAAAGCUAUCUAUGAAGGUGGAACAGUUGCAGGAAAAUAUAAACAGAAUGCAGCAGCAAAAUUCUGAGUUAGAAAAGUUAGUCAAGGAUGCAUUACAAGAUAAUAUCAAACUACAAGAAUCUCGUGAGUCUUUCCGGUGCCGCACUGAGAAGUUAGAUCAAGAACUGCAGGUUGAGCUAAGUCGUAGGGGAAAUGCCGAGCAUUUGGCUGAAAAUUUGUCAAAAGAAAAACAAUGGCUACAGAACUCUUAUGACAGUCUUCAGCGUAAAGCAGAAGAGUUAGAAAGAGCUGUUGAAAGUGCUUCUCAGUUGGCUGAUCGAAAUCGUUUAGAGCUUCAACGCAUUCCAGAAUUGCAGAGACACAUAGCUGAAGCAGAGAGCAAAUGUCAAAUGCUGGAAAGAGAGCGUCAAGUUUCACUAAGAGAAAUUUCUAAGUUAAAAGAGGUCCUUGAAACAAGAGAUGUGACUCUUGACAAGCGUGCAAAUGAAAUUGAAUGUCUAGUGAAGGAAGCAACAAAAUUAAACAAAGAUCUAGAAGAAGCAAAGACACUUAUCAUCAGACUUCAGGAAGUUGAGAGAGAAGGACAAGAUGUGGCAUCCAAAGCUGCCUUAGACCGUGAGGCGCUAACUGCACUUCAGGGGGACCUAGUGGCUGAGAAAAUGUGUGUCCGUCAAAUCAAGGGCAGCCUCGAGCGUAUUGGCCUCACGCUUGAGCAAUUGCAAGAUCCAGACAAUGUUCUUGAUAAUAUUUUAACUAGUGCAGAGGUUCAGCGAGCUGCAUCCGAAAUGCUUGGGAAAAUUAAAGAAGAUGUUUGUAAUACACAUAAGUCAGAAAAUAUUGUAAUUGAGCAAACUAGGCAGGAUUUAGUAGAACAGGGUGUUGUUUGUCAAUGUGAAGACCUCCGCUCUGAGGUGGCAAGUUUGCAGUCUGUAGCAGAAUCUGCCCACUCUGAUAAUGCUCGCCUUCAAGUUCAUGUGGCAACUCUUCAAAGUCGUGUGUCAGCUUUAUCUGCCCAACACACUGCACUGCAAGUUGCCAACACUCAACUUGUGGCUGAAAAAGAUGAGCUUUUAAAGCAAAAGAGUGAACAGCAACAAGCUCAUGAACAACUCUUACUAGAUCAAGUUACUCUUCAAUCCCUUCAUGAACAACUGACUGGAGACUAUGAAGCACUUGUGAAUGAAAGACAGACCCAUUUAACUGUACAAAGGGAUCUGCGCUCUGAGUUGAGGCUUUUGAGGGAAAGGUGCGCACUUCUUGACCAGCAGACUCAAAGUGAGAAGGAUUCUCUCAAAGAAGCAUCGCGAUCGCUUGGAAAUCUCCGUGCUGAACACUCCAAGCUGAAAGAUGAUUUUCGUAACUUAUUCACUGCUAGUGAAAAGCAAAGAAUGGAUUUCAGAGGAAUUCAAGAUGAACACAAACUGCUACGUGCUGAAAAUGCUGAGCUCCGAAUAAGACAGACUCAACUCCAAGGCGAAUUGGCCAGCCAACUAGACCAUAUAAAUUCUGUUGAAUUGGAGCUCUCAAAAUUAAGGAAUAAGUGUGAGAUGCUGCUGCAGAUGAAUACUGGCUUAGAAGAAGAUCGCCGUUCUCUUAUGGAGCAUGUGACACAGCUGCUAAGCCAGUAUCAAGAGCUUCUAAACCAUUCACUUGAAGACAAAGAACACUACCAUUUAGAGGAGAAAAUGUAUACUGACAAAUUAAAUAAUUUGCAUAGACAAAAGGAAAAACUAGAGGAAAAGAUAAUGGAACAUUACAGACGCAUGGAUAGUUGUUCCACAAAGAAAAGAAGUUUUGGUGCAAGCUUAGUAAAGAAAGUCAAGAAAGCAAGCUCAGAUCUCAUCAAUAAGAGUCGCCGGUCUUGGCAUGAAGAUGCUCGAAGUGUAGAGAUUCAACCUGCAGUUUCAUUACAUGGUUCUGAAUCUGGCGGCAAUGAUUCUGAUACAAGUUUAGAGGAUAUACAUGCACAACCAAUGCAAGGUGGAGGAUUUGCUCGAAGCUCAUUGAGUUUGGGUAGUGCUGGUACUCGGCGUACUGUGUACUACACUGAAGAAGAAACAAAUGAAGAAGAGCAGACCAAGGAUGGUGAGCAUGAAGACGAAGAAGAAGAAGAAAAGAGCAAUCUAGAUGCCAUAGUCACGUCAACCCCAGCAGAGCCAAGGCUACUUGUGUAUAAUCGUAUCUCUACUGUCAUUGGGGAAACUCCAGGAACUUCUCAGUGGAAUGCUGGGAGUCCAACCCUACCCAUUCGGUCGCAAUCUAGACAGGAUGAUAAUAAUAGCAAAAGAGGUGGCACAUUACCUAGUACUCCAUCCAAUAAGUCAAAUAAGGCACGUGAAAACUCAAUUUGGUAUGAGUAUGGUUGUGUUUGACAUUUUUGCAAAGACAUGUAAGUAAACCGUUUUUAUUUUACCUACUCCUACCCCCACCUAUCUUCAAUGAACGAUGUUUUAUUAAGUUCAAUAACUUAGGUGUUUUGUCUAUGUGAUUAUCAUAAGUUGUAAUACUUGUAGGUAGGCAAUACAUACUAAUGUGGUCAAGGUGUGUCCUGAAAUGAAGAAAACUUCAUUAUGUUCCUUAAUCCAAAACAAAAUUUGAACAAUUUUGGGCUUGAAUUAGAAAAGCUUCAAUUGGAAGAGAAAACCAAAGACCCUUAGAACUAUUUUCUGACUGGUUAUAUGUUGGUGUCCACCAAUAUAUUUUUUUUAUAGAUAUCAUCUUAGUUAUUUUUAAUAAGAUGUAUGUUACUCUUUUUUAUAAACCUUUAUAUACUUUUAAAAAACAAACAGAAAUCUCCCAAAAUGCUGUUUUUAUUUGAUUGCCAUUUUGGUUCAAGAUCUUCAACCAUACAUUGCACCAAUUCCGAGGUGCAAGAUUACUUCCUUCUGGUUAAAAACCUUCGUACUUCUCCAUUUAAUUAAUGGCACUUUAAACAGGGUAAUCUUUUUUUAUUAUUUAGUUUUAUUACUACUGUAUCUUUUCGGCCCUCUCGAUGCCGAAUAUCAGUGUACUGAAACUCUGAUUUUGCAAAAUAUUUUUCUUAGUCACUAGGAAGUGUUUUCUUUAGGACACGAGACUGAUUAUUGACAUUGACUUGUCAAUUUUGUGGUAGAGUACUCAACAAUUCUGGUUCAUUCACCACCUUUUAAGUGAGGGAUCAUAUUUAUUGUUGGAGACUCUUCAUAAUUUUAUAAGGUAGUUUAAGUGUAACAGAUCUUAAGAUACCCCUCCCCCACGAGAGAAGGGCGCCCCUCUCUCCUGCCCCCCCCCCCCCCUUUUCUGUCGGUGCACGGUGAUUUAUAGAUACAUGUUAUGAUAAAUAUAUGUAUUUAUGUACCUAAUACCAGUAAUAUUAUUGGUCUAAUUAACUUGAUUGUAGCUAUAAACCUAUCUUAACUAUGCUUUGAUAUUUUUGCACGUUAGUUUCUUUUUAUGUACUGUGAGCUAUUAAACUUCAUUUCGUUUUUAAA